UGAUUCAAUGAUUCAAUCCAGGAAAAAAAUUGCAUACCACACUAACCAUUUUUGCAAUUUUAUCCUAUUUAAAUUCCCAUCCCGGGGUCAGUUACCCAGAAUUUAGAAAUAACGACGAAGGAUCGGAGCCCGUAACACAAGCACCUCUUCUGCUUAUUUACUCUUCCAGGCGCAGGGGCAAAAAGUAACACUCAUGUCAUCUUCAUUCCCUUCUCCAACUCCUCCGGCCACAGGAGGCGUACCUAUCUCCGCAAGAGGAAGAACAUCGCGUGGGCCGAGCAGUGUUUCACGAGAUAGCUCAGCAAAAACGAUGGUCACAGAUCAAAUCUCGCAAGCGGUUCUCUCUACCUCAAAUCUCCUUCACAUCAUGCUUCAAUCGUCUCCAUCUCAGGAUAAACUUGUAAAGCUUCCUAAAAAUCUCUUGGCUAAAGCGUCUACAAUAAAGAACACUCAACAGGUGUUGGAGCAGAUGCCUUUGGUGAUUUCAUCCUUAGAUGCACAUAUGGAUCAUGGGUUACAGAGUGUCCCUCAUCUUGAAACUGUAACACGGUUGCUAAGCAACAUAGAGAACAGCCAGCUCAAGCCUUUGACUUUGACUGAUGCUCCACUCUUGAGAGAGGAACCUAGAUCAGACACCGGCACACCACCAGAGGCAACCCAAACGACAUCAUUUGACUGAUACUUUUGUAGAUAACCUGGUUUUUGCAACAAAAUAUAUAUGUAAAAUUGUCUGCUUAGUGUUCUUUGUGGCUCAUCAAUAAACUUUUGGUUAAUUGGCUUCUAAGACAUUUAAUUUUAAUAUUUAAGAAACAUUAUGCCUUCUCUUAUUCUGGUCUGACAGACAUCCUAAGACAUCUCACAUGAAUAAUGUUUACGAUUGAUUUCUUAUAAUAAACCGUCCAUUAAUUAAAC